CACACACACACACACACACACACACAUGCUGAUGCUGCGCACACAUGCUUGCCUUGGAUGUAUGUCUGCUUUCACCAAAUAAAAGGAGAUGCAAGGGAAGUCAGGUUCGGAGUCGGCUGAGUUCGGGUGAAGGCCUUACAACUCUAAGACCUCGACUGGGCUUCCCUUGCCAGCAAGUAAAAGACACAAGCACUGUGGUCUUGCUUUGUUCACAAGGAUCGGUCUCUGAGACAGCGAGGUCUGUGAGUUUAGAUCUAACACAAAUCAUAUUCUGGAGCUUUAUAACUAAGGGUCAGUUCAGCAGAGGACCCACACACUCUUCACUCAGCCUGAUGGAUGUGCUUUGGAUGAUUGUCCUCACUGUUGGUCUGCUUGGCUCACAUUGUGAGGGCGCUAUAUCCUGUAAGAAUGAAAUUGGUGGAGAUGUAGACUGGUUUAUUUUGUACAAGAAGCCUGCUGGGUUUGAUUAUGUUUACAUUGAUUCAACCGACCAGAACCUUAAAAAGAAUAACAAGCCUGUCAACAACCAAGCUGGUGUCCUGGCACAUACCCUGAAUCCCUACUUUGAAAGAUCAUCAGAUUCUGGAUUCAUUGCAUACAAUGAUCAACCACCAAAUGAAGAGAGUGUAAAUUGCAAGCAUGGCCACAGCAAAGGAGUUGUGAUGAUGGAUAAGGAUAAUGUAGUCUGGCUUUUACACAGCACACCAAAAUUCCCCAAAGGAGAUAAAAGCAAUAAUUUCUAUCCUAAAAGUGGGGAGAGGAACGCACAGAUAUUUAUGUGUGUAACACUGAAAUCUGCACAGUCUGCACAAAUAGCUCAGCAUCUUAAAGGUAUCAAUGCUUAUAUAUUUGAUAAGCACAAUCCUGAAAAACUCAGAGAUUCUUCCACUGCACCACAACCGCCCUACCAUGAGGACUUGUUGUCAGCCGGUGGUCAGCAGUUUAAACGCUUUGUUAAAAAAAUCUCAACUAAAUCUGAAGGAGAUCUUUAUGUCACCAUUGCUGACACAUUAAAGAGUGAUUUAUACAUCCAGACCUGGCACAGCAAACCUGAAACUAUGGAUACGACUACAGAUGGACACAAACUUUACAACAUCAAGCCACCAUUUGGAUGUGAUCAUUCCAAAUGGUGUGUUUCUGACAGUGAAAAUUGGAUGUGUGUUGGUGACUCAAACAGACAACCAUCCCAGUUCAAAAGGCCUGGUGGUGCACUGUGCAUUAAUAGCAAACCUGUGGCAGAUGCAUUUAGGGAAAUUAAAAGUAGUACUGAUAAGGACAGUGCCACUAACUGUGACACUGACAGUGCCACUAACUGUGACCCUGACAGUGACACAAGACCCAGUCCCUCUAAAAGACUAAGAGUAGGUAAAACAGUUUAACUGCAGCAAACAAUUGUCUCAGUCUUGUUCUUCAUCUACAUUCAACAGUUUUAUUGUAAAUUCAUUUCAGAUUUCAUUAAAGCUAAUUUGAAUCAGGUACUGACAUCAUCACUCUUGUCAGUGUUAUCUAAUGUUUCUGUGAAUGACAUGAAAUUAAAAACAUUU